GGGCGCCCAGUCCGGCGCGCUCUGCUCCGGGCGCCCGCGGAGCCUCCGCCGCGCUCUAUGCGCCUCUGCGGGCGCCGCGGGCCCGGGCCAUGGCCAUAGACCGGCGGCGCGAGGCGGCGGGCGGCGGACCCGGGCGGCAGCCGUCCCCGGCCGAGGAGAACGGCUCCCUGCCGCCCGGGGACGCUGCGGCCUCGGCGCCCCUCGGGGGACGCGCGGGCCCCGGCGGCGGCGCGGAGAUCCAGCCGCUGCCCGCUCCUCAUCCAGGCGGCGGCCCGCACCCGGGCUGCUGCUCGGCGGCGGCGGCGGCCCCGAGUCUCCUGUUGCUGGACUACGACGGGUCGGUGCUGCCCUUCCUCGGGGGCCUGGGCGGGAGCUACCAGAAGACCCUCGUGGUGCUCACCUGGAUCCCGGCGCUGUUCAUCGGCUUCAGCCAGUUCUCGGACUCCUUCCUCCUGGACCAGCCCAACUUCUGGUGCCGCGGGGCCGGCAAGGGCGCCGAGCAGGCUGGGGUCAUCGCCACCGGCCGGUGGGGCUACGUGGGCAACUGGACCAGCCCCCCGACCGCCACCCCCUUCUCCACUGCCGCCUGGGGGGCUGCGGGCAACCGAAGCAACAGCAGCGGCGCGGAUGGGGGCGACACGCCACCCCUGCCGUCCCCUCCGGACAAGGGGGACAAUGCCUCCAACUGCGACUGCCACGCGUGGGACUACGGCAUCCGCACCGGCCUAGUCCAGAACGUGGUCAGCAAGUGGGAUCUUGUGUGUGAUAAUGCCUGGAAGGUCCAUAUCGCUAAGUUCUCCUUACUGGUUGGAUUAAUCUUUGGCUACCUAAUAACUGGAUGCAUUGCUGACUGGGUCGGCCGGCGGCCUGUGCUGCUGUGUUCCAUCAUCUUCAUUCUGAUCUUUGGACUGACUGUGGCACUGUCAGUGAAUGUGACUAUGUUCAGCACACUCAGGUUCUUUGAAGGAUUCUGCCUGGCUGGAAUAAUUCUCACCUUGUACGCGUUACGCAUAGAGCUGUGCCCCCCUGGAAAACGAUUCAUGAUCACGAUGGUGGCGAGCUUCGUGGCCACCGCAGGCCAGCUGCUCAUGCCAGGGCUGGCCGCCCUGUGCCGGGACUGGCAGGUGCUGCAGGCGCUCAUCAUCUGCCCCUUCCUGCUCAUGCUGCUCUACUGGUCGAUAUUCCCCGAGUCCCUCCGGUGGCUAAUGGCUACCCAGCAGUUUGAGUCUGCAAAGAAGCUGGUCCUGCACUUCACACAGAAGAACUGCAUGAGCCCCGAGAGUGACAUCAAGGGCGUGAUGCCCGAGCUGGAGAAGGAACUUUCCCGGAGGCCUAAGAAGGUCUGCAUUGUGAAAGUGGUGGGGACCCGGAACCUGUGGAAGAACAUCGUGGUCCUGUGUGUGAACUCGCUGACGGGGUUUGGGAUCCACCACUGCUUUGCACGGAGCAUGAUGGGCCACGAGGUGAAGGUGCCGCUGCUGGAGAACUUCUACGCCGACUACUACACCAUGGCCAGCAUCGCGCUGGCCUCCUGCCUGGCCAUGUGCCUGGUGGUCAGGUUCCUGGGGCGCAGGGGGGGACUUCUGCUCUUCAUGAUCCUCACCGCCCUGGCCUCGCUCCUGCAGCUCGGGCUCCUCAACCUGAUUGGGAAGUACAGCCAGCAUCCAGAUUCAGGGAUGAGUGACAGCGUAAAGGACAAAUUCUCCAUCGCGUUUUCCAUCGUGGGCAUGUUCGCCUCCCAUGCAGUGGGAAGCCUCAGUGUGUUCUUCUGUGCGGAGGUCACCCCCACAGUGAUAAGGUGCGGCGGGCUGGGACUGGUGCUGGCCAGCGCGGGCUUCGGCAUGCUCACGGCGCCCAUCAUCGAGCUGCAUAACCAGAAAGGCUACUUCCUGCACCACAUCAUCUUCGCCUGCUGCACGCUCAUCUGCAUUAUCUGCAUCCUGCUGCUGCCCGAGAGCAGGGACCAGAACCUGCCCGAGAGCAUCUCCAGCGGGGAGCACUAUACACGGCAGCCACUGCUGCCACACAAGAAGGGCGAGCAGCCGCUCCUGCUCACCAACGCUGAGCUCAAGGACUACUCGGGCCUCCACGACACAGCCACCAUGGGCGACGGGCUGCCCGAGGGCGCCACAGCCAACGGCAUGAAGUCCAUGUAGCUGGCCACGCCACUGCUCCUGUGGGGGCCCCAGAGACUCAAGGGCUUGGGGGGAGUCUGGGCACAGGUUUACAGACAGGGACCGAGCACGGCCAGGUGCAGAAAAACCCAGUUCUGCUGCUGAGGCCACCCAAGCGUGAGACUUCCAACUGGUGUGGGGAAAUCUGUCUUUCCAAACGUCCAAGGAGCACGUGUUUAAGGAAACAAACUCUUUGGAAAUAAUCCUUCAAAGACUUUCUUUUCUGCCAUGAAAUCUUUGUAUUUAUUUUGGUCAUUUCUACAAGAAGCACUUUAUUCUCUGUCCUCUCACUGGUCACGAGAUGCAACCACCUCCUCCAGGAGCAAAACAUGGCCACUCUGAGGAAGACGUCAUCGGUGACCGAUGCGGUGGCCAGCCUCCUCCCUGGAGGUCAGACGCUGCCCCUCGCCCACCACCCAAGGAGCCAGAUGUCACCUCAGCCAGCCCAGAGCCCAGCCUGGAGGGAGCCCGCCUGUGUGCAGAGGUGUGGCACUCUCGUAGAGCAUUCCCAGGACUGCAUUUUAGACAGCGUGAAAUGUAAAUGAAUUAGGUUUUUGCUAGAGAGUCUGUAUAUGGUUUUCUAAAGUUUCCUUCUUUCUGUUUGUAAGGUGAGAGCUUCCGUUCCACGUGCUGGGGGAAGGGCAGCUCACAGGUACAGUUAAAACCAGCCUAGUCUUUCCCUCGGGGUCAUCCUUUUGUACUUGAUGCUGGAAGCUCUCUGGGGAAAAGCUUAAACCUUUCACUGGAAAUCUGAAAUGUUCAGCAGUGAUAUCAGCACCAUUUUCUGACACCAGGUUUGCUUAUUUAUGUGCACAUCUAGCAAAUGUGUUGAGGUCUGAGACGUGUUAAUUUUUAUUAAUACUCCUUCCCAGAUUCAGCUCCAGCAGAAAAGUUCCCUCUUUCACAUUCAGCUUUUUUGCUGGCACUACUUGAAAACAUGGCUACUUCCUGAGCUAAAAACAAUAGGAAAAUAACUGAACAAGAUGACUAAGGCACCCACAUCUCAAGCACACACCAGGGGAUCACCAGCUUGGAUGGCUGUCGCUCAUGACAUCACGCCGGGCACCACAGCACCUGCAGGAGACGGACCCCUCCCGCCUCGGUCUGUGUCCUGUCUUGUCCCUAGCUCAGCAGAGGCAGGGCUUAGGGCAGCAGCAAAGCGUCCUCACUGGUGAGUCACAUGACCUCCAGCCUCUUGGAAGCAGCAAGACAAAGUGAGAGAAGGCAAUAACUCCCCACGGCCCACUGCAGCCCUGCCCACCUCAGGGGUGUGUACUGUACUCAUCACUGUACCCCAGACAGUGAAGGGCCACUAAGAAACAAGGCUCCUGAGCACAGGCAGGCACCAGCUUUUCUGGACAGCCUGGCUUCUCACUAGAAUCAUUCACCUCAGCCCUUUGCAGAGCACAUCUUUGCUGCUAGCUGUGUUCAUCCAGGCAAAUCAUGGUCUCAGGCCUGUGUGAGGCAAUUCGGUGACUUUCAGCUGAUGGCUGCUAGAAUUCAAAGGGCCAGAGAAGGCGCUUCCUUCCUCCCUCGCAGCUCUCCCCCUGGGUGGCUGCUCACUGUCUCCCCUUCUGUACAAACACCAGUUGGAGCCCACUGGCUUGAUAAAGAUGUCGUGAGGGGUGAACAGCCUCGCGACCACGUGUUGGCAGUGCCUGAACCAAGCCAUCUCAUCAGCUGACCCCCACCUGGAGCUCCAGGGCCUCAUCUGAGGCCUGAUGGCGGCGGAAAAGGAGGCUGACUGGCCAGACUCUCCUUGCUCCACCUGCUCCACGUCCAGCUCGGCCUCCCCUUCCCUGGUCUCUCUUCAAGUCUCUUUUGUUCCAUGUUUCAAUGUAGUCCACAUUCACCUUUUCAAAGGCCUUUCUUUAGAUCUGUACAGCCUUCGCGUGCCAAACUUGUGAAAUACCUUUUACCUUUUUAGAGGACUUGCUACAAAGCCUCCUGGCAGAAGCCCCAAUUAAGUACAGACAGGACAUGUCCAGGGCCUGGCCAGUAGGCAGUUGGGGAGGGUAGGAAGGAGCCAGCGAGGCCCUGGGCCUGCACUGGAUAGGUUUGCACCCAUCACCCUUAGCACAAGAACACUUUGUAGUCCAGUGACUGUACUGUUGUGGAGUGGCAGAGAUUAUGACAGCCUCACACUGGUCAUGUAGACCUUUUUUAAUACAUAUGUUGAAGGGGAAGAGUGCUGCCAGAAAUCUCUAGGAAGGUGGUGUCAAGGUACAGCACUUACAAACUUCUGUUCCAAGGUCUCUUAAAUGGUAACAAUAAAAACACUCAUCCAACAAAGACCGUGCUCAUCACUUCAGCAGUCAGGACUAACACAUCGAUGACUAGAGACAGCUAGCUUAGAGGCCUAGGCUCUUGGAACCAAAGUCUAUCGGACAGGAACAAGCACUUGCCGACUGUCGGCAGGUGACAUCUCUCAGCUGGCAAGGAGGUCCCACAGCUCCCCUCUGGCAGCCCCUGGAGGAUGAGCACCUGUUCUGUCGCUGCUUCAGCUUAGGGGUAAGUGAAGCUCUUAAGGAACACCUUCAUAAAACGUAGCCAGAGCAGAACAGCUUGCAUGUGGGCAGAGCCCUGUGCAGUCUGGCAGCACGUGACAAGGGCAGCAGGGUGCCCAGGCCUGACAGGCAUCCAGCCUGGCCGGUCUCACGGGGUUGCUGUGGCUGCCCACCCCGGUGCCAUUCUGCUGUGUGUGAGCUCCAGUACUGCCCGCUCCAUGGUCAGCAGGGAGACACUUCUCAGGCACCUGCCUUUUCAGUGCAGCCCUCCCACCUCCUGGGGAAUCAUCGGAAGGUACGUGCUCCCUGCCCUCUCCUCCACCCACCCCUGCGUCCUGCUAGCCCAACCCACCAGGAGCUGUGAUCCCCUUUCAAUAAAAGUAAUGCACAAAUAUGAA